CCUUAUCUAUGAUUGAUGUGAUUAUAAUUUCGCGCGUUUUUGAAUUCGGUAUCUUAGAAAACGAUAAAUACUAGUACUUUUAAUUUAUAUAUAACUAUAAAUAUAUAGAUAAAUAAAAGAAAACAUUAUUAAAUAAGUUCAAUAUUCGAACAAAUAUGAGUCUUUGGGUGGAUAAAUAUCGUCCAACAACACUCGGAAAGUUGGAUUAUCAUAAAGAACAAGCAAAUUAUUUAAAAAACAUGAUACAAAAAGGAGAUUUUCCACAUUUAUUAGUUUAUGGACCAUCAGGGGCAGGAAAAAAGACUCGUAUAAUGUGUAUUAUAAAAGAAUUAUAUGGAAGUGGAACUGAAAGAUUAAGAAUGGAAACAAUGACAUUUGAAACACCUUCUAAGAAAAAAUUAGAAAUUUCAACAAUAAGCAGCAACUAUCAUAUUGAAGUAAAUCCAAGUGAUGUUGGCAUAUAUGAUAGAGUUGUAGUGAUGGAUUUAGUAAAAACAACAGCUCAAACACAUCAGAUAGAUCCAAAUGGCCAAAAAGAAUUUAAAGUGGUAUUACUCACAAAUGUGGAUCAAUUGACAAAAGAUGCACAACAUGCUCUUCGAAGAACUAUGGAGAAAUAUGUUGCUACAUGUAGAUUAAUACUUUGUGCAAAUUCAACAUCUCGUGUAUUGCCAGCCAUUAGAUCACGAUGUUUAGGAAUUAGAGUUCCAGCACCAUCAAUAAAAAAUAUAAAAGAUAUUUUGCAUACAAUUUGUAAACGCGAAGGUUUAACAUUACCAGAUGAACUGGCUACAAGAUUGGCAGAAACUAGUGGUAGAAAUCUUAGAAGAGCUAUAUUAAUGCUUGAAGCUUGUAAAGUUGAACAAUAUCCAUUUACUGCAGAUCAAAAUAUUACAGAACCAGACUGGCAAGUGUAUAUUCGUAAUACAGCAAAUAUGAUGGUCAGUGAACAAAGUCCAAAGAAACUUCUUGCAAUAAGGGAUAGACUUUAUGAAUUAUUAACUCAUGCAAUUCCAUGUGAUUUAAUAUUUAAAGGCCUUUUACAAGAAUGUAUAAAAAAUUGUGAUCUUCAGCUAAAAAUUGAAAUUGCAACAGUUGCAGCAGAAUAUGAACAUAGAAUGCAUAAAGGGUCAAAACCAAUUUUUCAUUUAGAAGCAUUUGUUGCGCGAUUUAUGGCAAUUUAUAAAAAAUUUAUUGAUUCAUCUCUUGAAGGUUUUGUAUGAUAUAUUUAUUAACAUAUUCGCAUAUAUUAAAAUAUAAUUAUUCAAAUAUAAAUAUAAUUGUUAAAUAAAUUGA